CAAAAAUAUAACUUGGUGCAUUUGAACACUCCUAAAUCUUUGAGUUCUAAUCGUUUUUUUAGUUCUCUUUUAAUUUGUAUAUUACUAGUAUAAUUUUCAUUUCCUGUCUCUAUGAUUGUCAUAUGUCCUCGCAUGCAUAAAGGUCAUAGAUGAAGAGUAGAGCUCAGCUCCACCAGCACUGUCUACGAGUAGGUUGGAGGAAAUAACAGACGAAACGGGAUUUUUGUAUUAAUCGACGUAUCACGUGACAUUAAAAGGGCAUGUUUGCAGAAAGCACCACUUUCGAUUUUUUAACGCGAAAAAAGCACAAGCUGGAUUGAUUCGCUGCAUCGGUCAAAGGAGCUGUCCACCAUGAGGUGCUGAAGCGGCGGCCUUGGAAAACGAUGGCGACGGGGAAGUGGCUUUUGUACACGGGUCUUUGUCUGUCUAUCGUCGCCUUGUGUUUCCUGACGGUCGCAAUUUCAUCGGAUCACUGGUACGAGACGGACGCCAGGAGAUACAAGGAGCGCUGCCGAACGUUCUCGAACCGCAGGAGCGACCCAGGUUUCAUUUACAUCCCCAACCACAGCCUUCCACUGCGAGCCAGCCGAGCGAGCCUGGACCGAUGGCAGAACCGACUACUGAUGUCUAGAAACCGUCGACAGCUGUUCGCGAUGAGCGCCGCGGAUGAGUGCAGCAGACGCUACAAUUCGACCAACAUGGGGCUGUGGAGCAAAUGCUAUAGACGGGGAUUUGACCCAGACAUCGAAGAGCUCAUUCAGAAAGGAACAAUCGAGCAAUGUUCAUUUAUAAGGUACUAUUACUCCUCUGCAGCCAUGCGAAAAGAUCUUUCUUUCAACAUCACCAAGAUUAUUCAACAAGAUGACUGGCAUGCCCUGCAUUUGCGUCGGAUGACAGCUGGCUUCAUGGGCAUGGCUCUAUCCAUCAUUCUCUUUGGCUGGACCAUAGGUGUAUUGGGCUGUUGCUGGGACCAAGGCCUCAUGCAUUAUGUUGCUGGUCUGCUUUUUCUUAUGGGAGGUACCUUCUGCAUCAUAUCGCUGUGCACCUGCGUGGCUGGCAUCAACUUUGAACUGUCUCGCUACCCACGUUAUCUGUUUGGCCUCCCAGAUGAUAUAAGCCAUGGUUAUGGCUGGUCCAUGUUCAGUGCCUGGGGAGGGCUGGGACUGACUCUCAUAGCUGGGUUCUUCUGCACCCUGGCACCAUCGAUUCAGCCUCCACCACCAUCUCGUACCUCCUGUCCCAAGUCUCGCAUGGAGAAUGGAACAGUGUGCUAAAGCUUCAAAUUUCUGGAUACUUGGUACAUUGGCAUUAACUGCUGUUCAUAGACUUCUUCAUGGGUAUGAAAAGCACUGAGGCUGAUGAAAGACUAUUACACAGUGAAGGACAUACUUUCUGUUACAAGGUGACAAGCCAUGUCUUUUGGGUAUUUUCACUAUUGGAAGGAUAUCUGUUAUUACAGCACACUUGUACAGUUGUACAAAGCUUUCAACGUGACAACUUCAGCAUGUCCUUGGUGAAGCAGUUCUUGGCUUUUGUCUGUGUUCAGUAGCCCUUUUAUUCCCUCAAGAGCGUGUCCGAGACUUUCCAAGACUUCUCAUGUACACAUUUCCUAUAGAUUUCAUUAUGUGCUGUUGUUGUUGCUUUCAAUGUCUAUGAUUUCUUCAUUGCACAAUAAAAUGCUCAAGUAAGAGCACAACCCCACAGUUUAUACGCAAUGUCAAAAAAACGAGAAUCAAACAGAGCCACUGAUACUCAAUUUUAUUUAAGAUUUCAUUGUUCCAGACCAGCAGAAAAGGGGUCAGUUCUUCUCUUUAAGCUCUUUAUAUUGUAUUAAAUGAUCUCAGCAGCAUGUUAAACUGAAA